AAGCUAAUCGAACACGCUAGACAAGUGUCUCUUGACCAAAAAAGAGAAACCCCGUCGACUUGUGCUCUGUUCGUUUGUAACAAGUGGGACCAAGUACCAGCAGAAGAAGCUGAUGGGAUCAAGGACCACAUAGUCAGAAAAAUUAAACGCUGCUGGCCUUAUGUAGAUCCUGAAUCUCAGAUCAUUUGCAUGUCUUCAACCAGUGCCAUUAAAGCCCAAACACGUGGAAUUAUUACAGAAGAGUUUACUGCACUGAUGAAUGGAAUUAAGUCCAUGGUUUUAAAAAGUGUCGAGGCAAGACUGUGUAUCCAGUGGAAGUGGCUCUACUACCUUCUUUCACGUGUGGUGUUUCACACGAAAGCGUUCAUUAGUAAUUCGUCCAAAGAUCGUCAGGAAGUUAUUGACAGAAUGAUUUUGAUAAAUGAACGCCUCCAUGGUAUUGAGAAGAAGGAGAACUCAGUUAGAAAGGAGCUACAAGAGCACCUCAAAAACAAAACAGAAAGGGCUGUCACCUCUGUCCAAGUACCUUACGUCUUCAGAUGAUGUGCAGCGCUUCACUUGGUGGACGUCGUACGAUACUCCACCAGCGAUGGCGAGUUGGGAGGUGACCAAAUUCUACAUCUACGAAGCACUGUCGAAGCGACUUCAAGACUUCAUUGCAGCAUGGGAGGAACGUGAACAUGUCUUUUCUGGCGCUCGUAGCUCUCUAAUCCAGCACUUUCAACAGCGAUACAGGUAUGUCGUGGGUCAACUUGAAAACCUGGAGAGCUUCGUCAUAGCAGAUGAUGUACCUGUUCUAUCAAAUGACUCCUCGCCUUCAGAGAAAUUUUCCGUGGCCAGCAAAGUAGUAAUCGGGGUCACAAGUCCUAUUUGGGUUCCAGUUGGCGUUGUUGCUUUUUUAUUAAGCGUUCCAGUUGUCGGGGUUGUGGCUAUGAAAGAAAAGUUAGGAAAAUGGAAUAAGACAAGAAAGUACGAAAAAGACAAGUGUGGCUUCAUGGCAAAAGCCUCUCUAGAAUACCUGCUUGAAGCGGCUAAAGAACCGAAUCUGAGCUCUUUAGUGGUGGAGCAGCUUACUGAGGCUCAAGUGUGCCUCGAGCAGGUUGUAGCUCGCAUUCCCGAGCUUAUCAAGGCUGACAGAAUGUUGUGCCGAAAAUUGACGGAUGAUAACAGCUCACAGAAAAAAUUAGAUUUCUACAGACCUUUGCAUAAUAGGAGUGUACAUUUAAGGGACAAACUUGCCGUUUUCGGCAUUCAAGAAGUAUCCAUCAUGGACAUCAGUUGCGACGAUCUAGAAUUGACAGACGAUCAAAUUUCACUUCCCGGUAGUGACACAUUUACCACGAUCCAUCGAGGGGCGUUUAAGCAGCGAGGAAGCUUAAUCAUCCAUUCAUCGUUAAGUUCUAUGGUGCUGCACUGA